AUGCUGUACUGCUGGGGCGAAGGCGCCUGCGGGCAGCUGGGGCUGGGGGAAGGCGACGAGCAGGGGGGCCGGGAGCCGGUGCGCUUCCGACCCGGGCCCCAGGGGUGCUGGGUGCGGGGGGUGGCGCUGGUGGCCUGCGGGGAGCGCCACACGCUGCUGCUGCACCCCGACGGCGGCGUCUCCUCCUGCGGGGACAACGCCCGGGGCCAGCUGGGCAGGAGGCUCCCCGACGGGCGGCGGCGCAGCUCCGGGCCAGAACAAAUCCAAGCGCUGGAAGCCCAGUCUAUCGUCCACGUAAGCUGCGGGAAGGAGCACUCGCUAGCCAUUUGCAGCAACGGAAGGGUCUUCUCUUGGGGAGCCGGAGAUUUUGGACAGCUGGGCACUGGAGAACUGAAAGACCGCAUAAUCCCCAAGGCAGUAGAUGGCUUAUCGACAUGCAAAAUAAUACAGGCGGCUUGCGGACACUACCAUUCAAUAGCCCUGGCAAAAGAUGGCAGAGUCUUCUCCUGGGGGCAGAACAUCUAUGGCCAGCUGGGUGUUGGUAAAGAAGUCUCUUCCCACGGUCGGCCGCAGCACAUUCCUGCUUUGGAUGGCAUCCCGUUGGCUCAGGUGGCUGCAGGCGGGGCACAUACGUUUGCCCUCUCCUUUACGGGAGUUGCGUACGGAUGGGGAAGGAACCAUGCGCAUCAGCUGGGCUUAAGUCAGAGGGACCCGAAAGAACAGAUCUUCAAGCCGUGCUCGGUGGCGUCUCUGAGGAACCUCGAUGUGAUAUACAUUAGCUGUGGGGCUGAGCACACUGCCGUCCUCACUCAGGAUGGCAGCGUUUUCACAUUUGGAGAUGACUCUGCUGGGCAGCUGGGGCAUAGCUCUUCCACCCAGAAAACUGGUCCGCAAAGAGUUGACUGGAUUGGUGGUCCAGUUUCCCAUCUGGCUUGUGGAAGCUAUCACACCCUUGCUUACAUCUCUGCUUCCGGUGAGCUGAUAUCUUUCGGACGUGGAUGCAGCGAACGUGGAACAGCUUGCGAGCAGGCUGAGACGCAGAGCUUUAACAUUAGUGCACUUAUUUCUCCUGAUGAAUUGUUGGACAUCCCGGUGAAACAGAUUUUUGCUGGAACAUACGUCAACUUUGCCAGCACAGUUCAGCCACAGGUUUCUAAAUACACAAAUGGAGCUUGCUGUGCUGAAACUUUGCCAAAGAUUAGCCAAUUGGACAGAGCACUGAUUGACAUGUGGAUGUCAGCGACAGCAGAAAGUGAAACACGGCAGAAGGCAAAAAGAGAAAUAGAAGUGAUAUUUUCUUCCCCUGCCUGUUUAACUGCAAGUUUCCUAAAACCAAGGUCUGCCCUGGAAAUUGGCGACUGUAUAGCAGUUGAUCUACAAAAAGCAAGAGACGUAUUGUGUGAGCUUACCCAGAGAGACUGGAUUGCUGGCAGGGUCUCGUUCUCUCUACUGAACCACCUGAUCCCCUCCCUUCCGUUGACUUCUCCUCACCAAGAGGCCCUUCAAUGCUUCCUUCUGCUGCCUGAGUGCUCUGCUGCUCUUGAAGCUCAGAACCUGCAGUCCUUGGCUCAGCCCUUGGCAAAAGCCGCCGGCGACAUGAGCAGGCGCUCUUCAGACCUUCUGGAAAAAUAUUGGUUAUCCUUGCCAGCCACUUUUUUCGACAGAAUUGUUCAGAUGUUUAAGAAGGCUGUGGUGUCUCAGCUGCACUAUUACUAUGUUCAUCCCACCUGCCAGGAAGUAAUUCCAGUCUUGGAAGUGCUUCAAAAACUAUACAAGGUAAACAAGAAGGCCGGCUGCAAACUCCCACUGAACAGUUUCUAUAUUGAUAAUAUCUCCAAAGCAAUUAACCCUUUUAUCGAUUUAGCCAGAUGGCACACCUCGAUUGAAAACCUUAUUUAUUCCUCUCUCAUCUCUUUCUGCCGCUUUCCUUUUGUUUACAAUCCCAUGGACAAGAUGGUACUGUUCCACCUUGAGUCUACUUUUGUGCAAGAGACCACAAAGGCAGCAGCCCAGCACAUAUUAGUCUGCAAUCAAAUGAACAGAGUUGGUGAAUAUCCCAAACUGCCUGUCUUUCCCUUGCGGGUACAACGCCGUAACCUUGUAGAAGACACUUUGAACAAACUGAGUCAAGUGGAAGACGCCUCCCUUAAAAUGCAAUUGUUGAUUCAGUUUGAAGGAGAGGUGGAUCGACCUGAAGCCGGAGGGAUUUUGUUCGAAUACUUUUUGUAUGUGUUUGAUGAGAUGGUCCAGCCGGAUUAUGGGAUGUUUAUGUACUGUGAGAAGAAUUCUCCUUUGUGGUUUCCAUCUAGGCCUUCAGCCGAGAUGAAAAAGUAUUACCUCUUUGGGAUCCUCUACGGGAUGUCCCUCUUCAAUAGGGUCAUUGUCUAUGUACCUUUUCCACUUGCUGUCUUUAAAAAACUGUUGGGCAAGAAGCCCUCCCUCGAUGACCUGAAAGAACUGAGCCCAGUCUUGGGAAAGAGUUUGCAGGCAGUUCUUGAUUAUGAACAGGAUGAUAUGGAAGCAAACCUUCAGCUGUGUUACAAUAUAUCCUGGGACAAUAUGGAUGUAGAUUUGAUUCCAAAUGGCAGAUCAGUAGCUGUGACCAAAGCAAACAAGAAGGACUUUGUCAGCAGAUACGUGGAUUAUAUCUUCAACAAAUCCGUGGAAGGAGUUUUCGACGAAUUCAAGAGGGGCUUUUUUAAAGUCCUGGACAAACAGGUCAUUGGCUUCUUCGAGCCCCAGGAGCUGAUCGAGGUGGCAAUUGGGAAUGCAAAUUAUGACUGGGACAUGUAUGAAAAGAAUGCUAUAUACUGGGGAAUCUACAGUCCGACUCACCCUACCGUAAGGUUCUUCUGGCAGGUUUUCCAUGAGCUAACUUUGGCUGACAAAAAAGGCUUUCUAUUGUUUGUCUCAGGAAACGAUCGGGUCCCUAUAAUGGGAAUGGAGUCCUUGAAGCUAACUAUUCACUCGCAUAAGGCACUUUCAGAAGAUCAUAUCCCUGAGGCCCAGACCUGCUUCCAACUUCUACUUCUGCCUCCUUAUUCCACAAUAGAGAAACUAAAGGAGAAACUUCUCCAGGCGAUUGAGAACAAUCGGGGCUUUGGCAAACAGUGA